GUUGGUGGUGGUAACGACGUUUGCAGUGCCAACGCGGACCCUCAAGAUAUAUGCGACAAUAUAGGGAAGUUAGUUCUGCAACUGCAGCACGAUGUGGCCCCCGUGGUGUAUACGUCUUCAAAGUGCUGCCACGUUGCUCCAGCUCUGAAGACGCCGAUGCAGAGCGCCAGAUCAAGAAAACGCGCUUGCUGAACCGCAAGCUGACGGCUACGCUGAAACGCCUGCCGUGUGUUCGAAUCUUGAACGCCGAGCAUCGGUUUCUCAAUUCCUCGAAAGAGCCACGACGUGCGUUCUUAGCAAUUGAUGGGUACCAUGUGCACAGAGGCCAAGGGAUCGAUCAGCUGGCCAAAAUCAUCGUCAGUUCUCUUGCCCGUGACUUCGGACCUGGAGUGAAGUCACAUGCACACAGCGAGCUGGGUAUCUGCUACAGGCUGCUGAAGUGCAGCCACUGCAACACAAAAGGCCACGAAGUCCUGCGAGUGCAGCAAAUUCCUUCGCCUACCUUCCCAACAUGAACCAAGACUGCUUUAGAUCUUAUGUGUAAAGCAGCACACAAAAACAAGACAUGAAAGGAGGAAUACAAUUGAACAGGCCAACCACUGCACUUGCAAUUAGCUUAUUUUGAAGGGAAAAAAAGGAGGGGGUAAUACACAGGCACAAGUGCACAACAUUCACAUUUUUUUUUAAGCACCGUUAUGAGCAAAAGUCAUUGUUGCAUGUGGUGCACUUGUGGGUAUGUACUAUAUACAUAUUUUUUAAAAGAAUAAACUAGUGGCAAGUGCAACAGUUGUCCUGUUGAAUCAUAUUAAUCCUCUUGUGUCUUUUUUUCUGUGCGCUGCUUUACAUGUUCAGAUGCUCUGUCACCAAUUCACCCGACUUUCAACCUUACUGAAACUUGGCAAAUGCUGCCUGCCAUGAAACGGCCCUUUUCAGGGCCACCCAUGUGUUGUCCGGCUGGUUGCGAAUGCUCCCAACUGUUACCCAGAUAGCCUCCUUGAAACUUGAGAGGAGUUGUGCGGCGCAUGUUGACUCUGCUGGCUGUAUAUUACUUUUGUAUAAUUAAGAUUGUGCCACAGGGUCUUUCAAUUGAAAGUAAUACAUAUAGCAUGACCUUGCAUUAAUUAUCUUUCAUAAAUGCUAAUCACUACUCGAACAAAUCGAGAACGUUUCUG